UGCGCGUUGGCGCAACGGAAGAGGCGGACGGUGGAGGGGGCGCCUCUGCUUGGGCUGGACUGCCGCGGAGGAGGCGACGAGGGUUUCGGCGCUGGGGGGCUGGCUUGGGCGGCAGCGGCGGCUGCUGCGGAUGGGAGCGGGCCGGCUCGGCGUGCCCAUGGAGCGCCACGGCAGAGCGGCCGACACCUCCGCCUCGGCGGGGGAGCCGGCGCCCGAAGGGCCUGAUGGGCGGCGGCGGGAGCUGCUGCGGCGCCGGGCGAGUAGCGCGUCGGAGCCCCCGGUCGGGUCCUCUGCCUCGGCUUCGGCAGAGGGCAUUAGGCGAAACCGGCCCGGCUCCUACAGCGGCGCUCCCUCGGCCUCCCGCCAGCGCGUGGAAAGCCUCAGGAAGAAGCGGCAGCAGCAUGAGUGGGGGAGGGGCAGAGAGAAGGGGACAGAGGAUCUGAAGCAGGCUCCAUGCUGACAGCAGAGAUCCCAGUGCGAAGCUCUAACUCACCGUGAGAUCAAGACCUCAGCCAAAGUUGAUUGCUUAACCAACUGAGCCACCCAGGCGCGCCCCCCCCUGCUUUUUUAAUGCAUCUGUUAAUUUUUAAAAAAAUUUUACUGAGGCAUAAUUACAUACAGCAAAAUGUAUACUUUGACAAAUGUAUACAGGCAUGUCACAAGAGAACAUGCAUUUUAAUCAAGGGUCCCAGAUGUGCAGCAGAUGUGUUAAAGGUGUGGAACCUGGGAUGGGAGUAUCCCAUGUGGCUGGUGGAUGAGCUGGAUUUUUGAAGGUGACUUCAAAGCAUGAAGCAUGUUGUAGCACUCCAGGGAGAUCUUUGGGACACGUUGAUUUUCGACUCCUGUUAGUCGUGGAAUAUCCUUAAUUUCCAUUGAUCUAGAAAAAGCUUUUAGGGGUGCCUGGCUGACUCAGUUGGUAGAACAUGCGACUCUUAUCUUGGGGUUGUGAGUUUGAGACCCACAUUGGGUGUUGAGAUUACUAAAAAAAUAAACUUAAAACUCUUAAAAAAAAAAAAAAAGUUUUUGUAGCUUGAUAAUGCCAGCCUAGCAAAUGGUUGCUUUUCCUUGGCUUUUGGGGAGCAUCAGUGUUGGCAGAAAGGAAUUGGUGCUGGGGCCCUGGGAGACUGCCCCUUAUUAGGUGCAGUGUUUCAUCUUCAGUUAGGAAAUUAGGGAAGACUGCCCAUUAGGAGCUCAGUAAAAAGAUUUCUGUUGCUUCGUAGCCUAUGUUUGAGGUACAGAAUGGGAGAGGAUGCUUUUUAACCUUUUUAUCAACUUUAAAUCUAAAUGAAAUCAAAGUAAACAUGGUCCUUCACUUUGGUUGUUCAAAGAAUGUGAAGCAUUAAGCAGGGCCUAAAAAUAAUCCAAAGUAUGCAGCUGUGUAAAAUGGUACAGUAUGUUAUUUUAGGGGCCAUGUGUAUUUAGGUAAUAUGAUUGUUCUAACAGUGUUAGCAUCCCUACCCUUUUUUAUCUAGGGGGUACCAUAAAGGAGAAGUGAUGUAUGCUAUUAAAAAUCUUUUGGGGCACCUGCGUGGCUCAGUCAAUCACCCGACUCUUUUUUUUUUUUU